AUGUUGCGGGCCACCUUUGUGCUGUGUCUGGCGCUGGCACAGCUGCUGCUGAGUGUGCCUGCAGUCCGCGUCCAUUGCCGGCAUGUGGAGCGCAUCCACGAGGAUCACAUCCACUACUGCUGCAAGCACCCGGACGGGCACGACGAGGUGACGGAGAUGUGCGCCAAGCAGACCAACUUCCGACUGCCCUCCACCCAGGAGGAGGCCAUGGAGGAUGUCACCGUGGACCAGGUCAUGUCGGGCACCUGCUGGGGCAAGUGCGUCUUCGACCACUACAAGCUGAUGGACGCCAACGGCACCCUGGACAUGAUCGCCGUGCACACCCACUACAAGCAGUACCACAAAACGGAUCCCGAGUACGAGACGGAAAUGCUGAAUGCCUUCCAGAAGUGUCACUCAAAUACUGAGGAUGCCACCUCGCAGUUUCUGUCGCUGCCCAUUGUGCGCGCCUUUGCCACGGGAAAGUUCUGCAAGCCCGCCUCCAGCGUGAUCCUCUCCUGCGUCAUUUACAACUUCUUCCACAGCUGCCCCAAGAGCCGCUGGUCGAACUCCACGGAGUGCGAGGAGACGCGCGCCUUUGCCAAUAAGUGCAAGGAUGUGCUGACCAUAAUGUGA